CAGUGUCUAGGACCCAAUUUGACCGAACCGUCAAAUAAGUGUAACCUCCUUCUCAGUUAACGGACAGUUUAAAAAUGGAGAAAGUGGAAAACCAAAGAUCCUGACAAACAUUACAUUUUACAUCCAUUUCUCAUAGCUUAGAGCAGCAACAAUGGCGAUUCUACCCACUGAGAUAAUCAGUGAAAUCCUCUCUCGGUUGCCUGUAAAAUCACUUCUCAACUUUAAAUACGUCUGCAAAUCAUGGUACUUUCUAAUCAAAUCCCCCAAUUUUAUCAAACUUCAUCUCAAUCAAACCCUAAUUUCCAACUCCGAUCGUCAUCUCCUCCUCCUCUCCUACAAUAGAAAUAUCUUAUCAUCUGAUAUCGACGUCGACGUCGACGAUAAUCACCCCCUAUUCUAUGAACUCAACCACCCUCUUAAACACCAUGAAAUCGACUUGAUAGGUUCUUGUAACGGCAUCCUUUGCAUCUCCGAUAAGUCCAAAACUAAUGUCUUCUUGUUCAAUCCUCUAACAAAAUCGCAACGUAAACUCCCACCCUGUCGUAAAAACCUCGGCAAUAAUCAUAAUAAUAAGACUUUGGUUUUCGGGUUCGGUUACGACAGGGAAAACGAUGAUUAUAAGGUUUUGAGGAUGAUCCAGGACAGUUAUUAUAAUGAGGAUAAUAACAGUGAAGCUGAAGUUUAUAGUUUGAGGAACAAUUCAUGGAAAUGUGUUGAAAGAAUGCCAUAUUAUCUGUUGUUUGUGUCUCGUCAUGGUGUUUUUGUUAAUGAGGCUAUACAUUAUAUUGUGGUUACUAAGGAACUGCAAAUGCAAUGCAAGUUUAUUGCAGGUUUCGAUUUUAAGACCGAGACUUACUCGCUUAUGGACUGCCCUGAUUAUGAUGAUAAGUUGGGUGGAUGUUUGGAUAUGGGUGAAUUGGGUGGUUGUUUGUGUUUGUUGGUUAUGUAUCGUACAUUACUUCCUGUUGGCCCCUUGGAGAUUUUUGAUGAUAGAAUUGAGUUUACGAUGGAUCGUGCUGAUUUAUGGGUGAUGAAAGAAUAUGGGAAGAAAGAGUCUUGGGUUAGGUUGUUUAGUAUUCCACAGACACAGACUUUUGAUAUGUAUUUACAGGUUAGGGUUAUUGUUUACUCUAAAGAUGGGAAACGGAUUUUGUUAGAGUUUGAUACUUUGGGGCUUGGUUGGUAUGAUUUGGAGACCCAGAGUUUUGAUAGGUUUAGGGGACUACCGAAAGCACCAAUGUCUUCGGGGUUUUUCGUAGGUAGCCUUGUGUCCUUGGGAAAUGAUAUGCUGAAGUCUGAAGGAGGUAGCAUACCGUCCAUACUAAGGAAGAAAACAGAGAAGAAAAAUUUGGAUAAUUUUCUUUCUACUGGAUUCAAGCUGAAGCUAUGACGGAUGACCAAUGACCUAUUUGAGCGACUGCUUGAGACUUAGUUCAGACCUAUCUAUGUUAAGUAUGAAAGUGGUGUUGCCCUGAUCUAAAUUUUUUGUACUCGUUUGCUUCUUUGAUGCCUUGGUAUGACGUUAACUGAACAGAAACAAUCUCUACUUGUUUUAUAAAUCUUCUUAGAAAAUGAAAAAAUUGCAGGACCAAGCAUGAAGCAAACCUCUCGCAAGCUUAAUGUUAGAACUUCUUUAAAAUUACAUAAAUAUUUUAUGAACUUCUUUAAAA